GCAAUCCCUCCCCUGCAACUCUACUGUAUGGAAAAUCAUGCCCGAUCGAUGCAUCGAACCCGAAUCCUGGGAGGAUCGAAACUUAUCCGCGUCAUCCAUCUCCUUGCCCUUAUCCGAUCGCUAUUAGAGCUCUAGCUCGUCCAGGCAUGUGCUGGCGAUCAUAUCCACACCGUUUGCUUACACCCUAAGCUAAGCCCCAACAAAAUCCCCACCCCUCUGCCUUUCCUCUCGAAUGCAUUUCAUCGAGCACCUUAUGUGCGUGCCUCCAUAGCCAUUGCUUGAAGCUGGAGCCGGUGCUGACGACCGCGGGAGCUGUGGCUUCGGGAUGCCUCUGCUGCUGCUGCUACCUUGGAUCAACUCCGGGUGCCGUUGUGACCUGAGGACCUGCAGUCAAACACCUGCGCGCUCGCCGUCGUCGUCCACCUCUGCUUCAGUGCCGUCUCCCCACCACAGCAUCGAACAUCGCCGUUUCGCCGCCUCUCGAGUAGAUUUGUUCCCAACAAGUCCUACCGAACUCAGCCUUAACGGAAUAAGGGCAAACCCAAGCUUUAGAUUCAAAUAACAAUGUUAAAAUUACAAAGUUAUAAUCGACGAUGUAAACAAGGAGCACAGUUGCCUCUUAAAUCAAAGAGAUAAUUUAUUUUGAUCCUAUUCUAAAAGCUUACUACUAACUUGGUCCUCUUUUCCAACUUUAUUCAUUUAACCCCACUUGCUAUUGGAUCGUCUUCUUUCUAUAGAGUAAAUACAUCUCUUCUUUCUAUAAAUGUAAAGCCCACUAAACACCUAAAGUUCAACAUGCAAGUAUAGUAUUUAUUAGCAUUUCUAAAACCUAUAUCCAAGUAUGCCACCUCACCCACUAAGCAUAAAAAACUAAACAUGCAUGUAUAUGGUAAGGGCAACACUAAUAUAUAUUAUCAACAUGGGUAUUAGUGUCGGACUAAACGAUAGGCGGUAGUAGGAAGAGACCCCAUCCACAAUGCUUAUUUUGGCGAGAUGGCAGUAAGGUGGGGUCCACAGGGUAAAAAAGAUCGACGCUACUCAAUUCCUUAGCUGCUGCCGGAGUAGUGCUACUGGCUGGUUGUCAGAAAACACUGAGCACAUGCAUUUUAUAUUCUAUUGCUGCCAGUAGUAGUGCUACUGCUGGGUUGCAACUGUGCACCACUCCCACAGUACCAGAUAGUAAGCAGUCAUUUAAUACUUACUACCUGGUUUUUUAAUAUUGUGGGUGUCCUAAUUAUAUCUACAAUUUAUUUCAUUCUAAAACUAAAUAUAUACAUGCUAAAUCAUCAUUCUCAGAUUAUUUUUAUAGUAUUUUCAUCCAAAUUAUUUCAUCAUUUCUCCAUUAUCUAACAUAUAUUAAUCAUUCUUAUUCUCAAAUCAUUUUCAUAAUAUUUCAAUCCAAAUCAUUUCAUCAUUUCUCUAUUAUCUAACAUAUAUCCCGCAGCAAAGCGCGGAGCAUUUAGAGAAUGAGCAAGACCAAAAUGCUCCUGAAGAAAUAUGUCAAACUAUCUGUUUUGUCGCAUAUUUUAGUCAAAUUUUCAUCGCAUAUUUUAUAGGAAUAAAGUGAAACAAAACAGGGUCAAAAAAUAAAAAGAGAAACUAGAUCAAAUGAGUAAGGGCAUGAAUGAUAUUUUUUCCUAAUUAGUUAACAUCCUUUAGGCUGAGUUCUUAUCUCCACUUUUCCCAACUCACCUCCCCCGUUUUCCACGCACACGAUUUUCAAACUACUAAACGGUACUUUUUUUACAAAAAUAUUUCUAUAUGAAAGUUACUUUAAAAAAUCAUAUGAAUCCAUUUUUCAAAUUUAUUUUAGCUAAAAAUUAAUUAAUCAUACGCUAAAUGCUGCUUUGUUUUGUGUCCUGAACACAUCCUAAGUUGCAUUCACUAAAUAGGAUCAGACUAGAUGUUCGUUUUUUUAAAAAAAAAGGUCAGAUGAGCAAACUUUAAAAAAUAAUAAAUUAAUUAAUAGUUAGGUUUUAAAACAGGGUAAAAACACAGUUGCUCCUUAAUCAAACCAGAUCCUAAAUUAAUUUCCAUCCUAGAACAGGUGCACGUUGACCACCUGCUAAAUUAGAUGGCAAGCACACACAGCUAGCGCGCGGUAGCAGUAGUCGUAGACCACGCUGGAAUAUUAUUGCGUGUUUCGGUCUGUCCAAGACGAAAACAAAACAAAACAAAACAGCAUCGUAACGUUCAUGCGAAGCACUAACCUUUGCCAAGAACACCAUUAGUAGACGACUAACCCAAUCAAACAAUGCCAUUAUUCAAACACAUCAAGCUGGCAAAAUCUCUUCAGGGACCGGAUGCUCAAACCCAGAAACGUUAUUCUGUCAUGGACUACAUGCGUACCAAAAACUCGCCAGUUCAACCUGAAAUUAUCAAAAAGGGGGAAGAAGAAGCUGUCGCAUAGGUACUAUAGCGAGGUUUCAGGAGGGGAGAUCGUUGAUCGAGGAAGAUGGCGAAGGCUCUCCUCGCCGUCGUCGUCGUCGCCGUGGCGGCGGUGCUCGAGCUGGGGCUCGUCGGAGCCAACUUCCAGGAUCAGUGUGACAUCACGUGGGAGCCACAGAACGCCAAGAUGACGGAGGGAGGAGACCACCUCACGCUCUCCCUUGUCAGCAACUCCUCUGGUUGUAUGCUCCGGACCAAGAAGCAGUUCAUCUACGGCAGCGUGUCGACUCGCAUCCAGCUUGUGAAGGGCAACUCGGCCGGCACCGUCACCACCUACUACACAUCGUCCAUCGGCGACAAACACGACGAGAUCGACUUCGAGUUCCUGGGCAACUCCAGCGGCCUCCCCUACACCUUCCACACCAACGUCUUCGCCGACGGCGUCGGCAGCCGCGAGAUGCAGUUCCGCCCCUGGUUCGACCCCACCGACGGCUACCACAACUACACCAUCUUCUGGAACCCCUGCAUGAUCGUGUGGUUCGUGGACAGCAUCCCAAUCAGGGUGUUCCGGAACCACGAGAAGGAAGGGGUGCCGUUCCCGACAAAGCGGCCGAUGUACGCCUUCUCCAGCAUCUGGGCGGCGGAGGAUUGGGCCACGCAGGGUGGCCGCGUCAAGACGGACUGGACCAAGGCCCCUUUCGUCGCCGAGUACCGUGACAUCGGCCUCAACAUCUGUGAGUGCCCCGGCUCAGGCUCUGGCUCCAGCUCCAGCUUCAGCUCCAGCUCCAGCUCUACCUCCGGCGAUGCCGAGGACCCAGCGUGCGCGCAGCGGUGCGCGACGUCGGACCACUGGUACGCGGCGGAGGGGCUGUGCCAGCUGAGCGACAAGCAGCUGCGGCAGAUGAAGGCGGUGCAGCUGGGCUACACCAUCUACGACUACUGCGCCGACGCCCAGGCCAAGGGACGCCCCGUGCCGCCGGAGUGCAGCAUGCCGCAGUACUGAUCAUGCAUGCGCAUGUCUAGUUUCACUUGAUUUUUCAUGGCAUGUUUGAUUAAUGGCUUCUUGGAAGAAGUAAAUCUCUGUUGUUUUAUUUUGGAUUAUAUAUUAUAUAUGAACAUGAUUAUUUGAUUUGUUCGUGUACUCAUGUUGUUCUUCUCUUUUUUUCCGAUGAAUGCAUUGUGUGUUCUUCU